GACUGCACGAUAGAGCAGCGCUGAUUGACCACAAUGUUGAUGAAUGAAUAGACCCUCUAAACUAGCGAACUACUUAGUGCCUUACUGUGAUAAAAUAGUGUUGUUUGUAAACGUUGCGGACAACCGACAGAAGAAUUAUUACAUCAAUAAAAGAUGUCACUUGAUAGUAAUGUCCUUAGUUAUUAAGGUUCAAGUGACUGUGUUGUAUUUUCUUAAGAAUGAUGGAGUCAAAUCAUGAUGAUCUCAAUGGAAAACAUCGAAAGAUACCUGACAGAAACAAUAAGCGUAUAUUUGACGUUAGAUUAACCGAAGACACCACUUGUGGUAUUUGGGUUUUGAAAGGACCUUGGCUCCAAAGAUUCGCCAAUAAGAAAGCCUAUGUGUUCCUGUAUGGAUUACUCGGAUGCGUAUUUUCAGCAGCGUAUGCCUAUUUUAAUGGUACUAUUACAACACUGGAAAAACGAUUUAAAAUACCGAGCAGGACGACAGGCAUAAUUACGGUUGGAAAUGACUUAAGUCAGUUAUUUGUCUCCGUAAUUCUGAGUUACUACGCCGGGAGAGGACAUAGACCGAGGUGGAUGGCUCUGGGGAUGUAUACUGUGGUCCUUUUUUGUCUAUUAACAGCAUUGCCUCACUUUCUUUGUGGCGCUGGAUCCGACGCUUUGACGCUCACCGUGGAAUACCGAACUCACAAUUCCUCUGUGGAACCUUUGCGAAAGAAAGCUUUAUGUCAUCACAAAAAUUCGACCACAUCUGACUGCGAAAUAGAAGGCGGGAAUUAUUCGCCUCAGUUAAUUCUCUUUAUUGCUCAGUUUAUAUCCGGAAUCGGAGGAUCACUCUACUACACUCUCGGUGUCUCCUACAUGGACGACAACAUCAAGAAAUCCAAAACACCAGCUUUAUUCAGUUUUUCAUACUUUAUUCGAAUGUUGGGCCCAGCGGUUGGUUACGGUUUGGCUUCAAUUUGCCUAAAAUUGUACAUUUCACCAAGUCUGACCCCAAUUAUCGACAACAACGACCCGCGAUGGUUAGGGGCCUGGUGGCUUGGUUGGAUAAUUCUAGCCUUGGUUAUUUUCAUAUUUGCAUCGUUGCUAGCCCUGUUUCCGAAAACUCUUCCGCGUGCAGCUGUACGAAGAGAGUUACUCAAGAAACAAAUAUGUAAAAAGAAUAAGAAAUGUGAGCCUGAACCCGAAUUACCAACGUCUUUUAGAGAUAUGUUGGUAACUUUUAAACGGUUAGUGUCCAAUCCAACCCUGAUGUUGAACAAUUUUGCGGCAAUUUUCUAUUUUUUGGGUUACAUGCCGUAUUGGAUUUUUUUACCAAAGUAUAUAGAAACGCAAUAUCGUCAAUCAGCGUCUGCUUCUAGUUUGAUAACAGGAAGUGCUGGUCUUGUAUUUUCUGCGAUUGGUAUUCUAUUGUCAGGACUUAUUAUUUCCAAGUAUAAGCCACGUGCACGAUACUUAGCGGCUUGGAACGUAAUUGUUGGAGCGAUUUCAGUUCUUGGUAUUGUUUCAUAUGCUUACUUAGGAUGUGCUGAAAAUGACAACAGAGCUCCUUUACUACCAAACGGAGAAUUAAAUCCAGUAACUGAAUGUAAUUCGCAUUGCUUUUGUGAUUACGUAAAAUACAAUCCUGUGUGUUCGCAAGACGGGACAACGACUUUUAUAUCAGCGUGUCAUGCUGGCUGUAGACAUUCGAAGAAAAUCAAUGGCACGGAGAUUUUUUCCGAUUGUUCCUGCAUUUUGUCGAAUCGGAACAAAAAUAUUAAUUCUACAGUGCACGAAGGCGGGUUUGCAACUCCCGGAAACUGCUCGGUGGAUUGUUUAUCGAAAUUUUAUAUUUUUCUGAUUGUUGUCUGUGUUCUGAAGCUCAGUGGGGCGACUGGGAGGGCAUCGAAUUUUUUAGUCACAGUGAGGUGUGUAGAGGAGAAAGAUAAACCUGUAGCGAUGGGUUUCGGUUUGAUGCUAAUGAGUCUUUGUGCUUUCGUUCCUUCACCCAUCCUUUUCGGAAUAAUCUUAGAUAAGGCCUGUCUGGUGUGGGGAAAGACUUGUACCGGAAAUGGAAACUGUUGGUUAUAUAAUGGAAAAACCUUAAGAUACACAAUGAAUUUCACAGCUGCGACAUUCGUUCUGAUUGGAACUCUCUUCGAUGCUGGCGUCUGGUUUUUUGUCAAAGGAUUAAAAAUAUUUGACGAAGAAAUUGAACUUGAACUCGAAGAUUUAGCUUAACUCCUCUCGAGUCGUUUGAUUAGUCUUUGUAAAUAAAUACAAUCAUAAAUUG